AAUCAGCACAACACACAAACCUGGUAAGUGACUCCACCGCGCGGCGCCCUAUUCGUGCUGCUUCAUCGUAUCAGCCCUAUCACAACGUCCGUUGGCCCCUACGGUUCACAGAGGUGGCUCAGCGUCACAGAAAGCUUGACCUACUUUGAGAAGAGAAAUACCUUCAAGUUGCUCACUCGCACAAGGGUUCACGAUCGAGAAACCAUACAUGGACUCCUGUACAUCAUUAGUUCCCACCGCUGCUGGCAGGUGCCAUGCAGUUAAAGGGAUAAUUCAUUACCGUCACUGUAUUUAUCAGGCUGUCUGCCAAGGUGGAACAGCUGCCAUAUCUCUCCAUGGUUAAUUCCCGGCCCCGUUGCACUGCAGCAAUCUGGUGUCUGCUUGGAUAAAUACUACUGGAAUCAGGCGAAAGAUUUUGCGACAACACUUGAACAUGGCUUUAGAUUUACUCCAGGUGUCGCCGGCGAGGAUCUCGUACAUUUGUCUUGGUGGCUUUACAGUCUUGUUCUCACUAGUGUCCCUCCUAAUCAAAGAGAAGCUUUAUGUCAAUGAAGUCGUUUUAGGAACCGCCUUCGGGAUUAUCAUAGGUCCUUUCGGUACCAACAUCUUCGCACCCCAUUCGUGGGGUCCCUCGAGUAAUACCAUAACACUAGAGGUCAUGCGUAUCGUCCUUGUAAUCGGCUUAUUUGCAGCUGGAGUCGAAUUACCACCUGCAUAUAUGAAAAGGCAUGCCAAGAGCUUGUUGGUAAUGGUUGUGCCUACCAUGGCGUUUGGCUGGGUCGUAGUGGCUGCGGUGAUGUACGUGUUGUUCCCGAAACUCGACUACAUCUCAGCCCUUUGUAUCGCCGCUUGUUUGACCCCUACGGACCCGGUGACAUGUGCUGCCAUCACACACGGUAAAUUUGCCCACCAACAUGUUCGCGAGGAUAUUCGCCACAUUUUGUUGGCUGAGGCCGCAGCCAACGACGGCCUUGCCUACCCUUUUCUUGCAAUAUCCAUAUACCUCACCAUAGAGACGUCCGUUCGAACUGCUAUCGGCAAGUGGUUUUUGGUGGGAUGGUUAUACCAGGUCAUCCUUGGCACCGUUCUAGGAGCCGUUCUAGGAUUUUUAUUCUCCAAACUCAUGAAGAAAUCCCUUGAUCACGACUUUAUAGAUCGUAAAUCGUACAUCGCCCAGUACCUGGCUUUCUCCAUCUUUACUAUGGGAAUUGCGAGCACCAUUGGCGCGGAUGAUCUUCUUGCAGCAUUUGCAGCAGGCUGUGCAAUAUCCUGGGAUGGGCACUUCCAUGAACAGAUAGAACAUGACGAUUUCUCUUCUGUCAUAGAUUAUGUGCUGAACUGUUGUUGUUUCAUUUACAUUGGCGCUUGGCUACCCUUUAACGCCUAUGACUCUCCCGAAUAUGACAUCAGCCUGUGGAAGCUUGUUCUUCUUGUGAUCGCCAUCAUGAUCUUCAGGCGAAUUCCAUCUUUAUUGGCGAUAUACAAAUUUGUUCCCGAGAUUGCAUGCUGGCGGGAAGCUCUAUUCUCUGGUCACUUCGGUCCAAUGGGAGUCAGCGCAGUCUUCGUGUCUACCCUAGCGCUCACGCGUUUGCCCACCCCAGAGAACCCGCCUGCAAAUCAAGCACAGUACCUCGCUACAACUAUCCAGCCUAUAGUGUCCUUUGUCGUCCUUGGUUCUAUCAUCAUUCAUGGCUUGUCUAUUCCGUUCUUCAAUGGAGUGGUCGUGUCGCGCUCUCGCACGACUUCGUUAAGUAAGACGUCGACCGACGAUAGUUAUGUUGUGGACCCGGUAUGUUAGGUGGUCAGACUACUCCCCUGUGUCUAUACAUAUACAGCGACUCGGAGUCUCAACGUAUCUUCACCAUAUAUAACCAGCUUCGCGCUAUUUAGCUAUUGUAUCAUCGCUCCGCCUUCCGCAGUAACGCUCUCCCUUGAAGUGCAGCAGGAGCACAAGGCCCUUGUGUUAGAAUAUUGCACUGUCUACAUAGAGUCAAGGAUGGAAAAAUAAAAUUUCCCAAUACUGGAGUAACUAAAUUUU